ACUGAGCCAGUCAACUGCCUGACUAUCAUGUCAGCCAAGUGUUCCAGUGUUUCUGUCUCCGGAAAAAGUCUGUGUCUUUAAAAUUGAUGCGCUGGCAGAUAUUCACCCGGUAAAGCUUUUCCUGUCAUUGCGUCUCGUUGGGAAUAACUGCAUCUGUUGAAUGAUCCGCCCAAGUCUUAAAAAAGAUGGAAAAAUUGCUUAAUCUCUUUCUUUUUUGGGAGGUGCUUUCUUCAGCAGUCCUCAGCUACCCAAGUGGAAAAAUCAAUGUGGCCUGCAAUUCUAUGUUACCCAGGCAUGGAGACUCCAUUUCACAGACCUCGCCACCACCGUAUGCCAUCUCCAUUUCCAGCUCAUCAUUUACUGUAGGAGAUGAGAUCGUAGUAUCUCUAACAGCUACCAAUGACUCCAGCUUUAAAGGAUUUUUACUACAGGCCCGAGCAAUUGGAGGAGAUGCAGCUGUUGGAAGUUUUCGCAUUCUGAAUCCUAACAUGCAAGGCCUUGAGUGCAACAGCAUUCAGAAUUCUUCACUGAGUCACACAAACCGGAGAAACAAGCAAAAUGUAACCGCAGUUUGGAUUGCACCUCCUGGUGUGGGGCAUGUUGUAUUUAGAGCAACAGUACUCCAGAAUUUUAGUGUAUUCUGGGCUCAAGUUGAAAGCCAGGUUCUUGCAUCUUCCAGCCUGCCAUUUGUUUCAAUUAUUAUGGAAGAAGGGUGUGGGACACAGAAAUUCUGUUUCAGUAGCCCCGCAGGCUGCAGUCCAUCUGACGCAAACUGUUACUUCAUGGCCUCUGAAGCACUGUGGAAUAAUGGUUUCAAAUUCGAAAUGAGUGGACUUUCAGAUGGAUAUUUAGCCAUUGGCUUCUCUGAUGACGAUAUUAUGGGGAAUGAUGAUAUCUAUAUUUGUGGUAGGAAUGCCACAGGUGAGGUGGAGGUCCAACGUGCCUUUUCAACUGGAUGGACUACUCCCAGCACUAAAUCUCUGGGGGAGGUGGAGAUUAUAGCAACAUCCUUUAACAACGGAAUUGUCAAAUGUUCCUUCAUUUCAAGAAAUUCCAUAUCAACCCAGUCAAGAGAUACUGACAGCCUGUAUUAUAUAUUUUUGACUUAUGGACCAUCAUCAGCCAGGCAAAUACUGAAGCAUCCCAAAAGACCUUUUAUUACUGAUCGGAAGGUGAACAUUUCAGGCUUUGAAGCACAAGAUGGCACCAGAUCUACACCCUUGAUUAUUAAGGCUCACGGAGCCCUCAUGUUUGCCGCAUGGAUGACCACUGGCAGUGUUGGAAUAGUAUUCGCCAGGUACUUGAGGUCCAUCAAAAAAUCACUUCAUGGCAAAGAAGUUUGGUUUCAGAUGCACCUUUUGAUGAUGUUGCUAAGUGUCGUGGCAACAAUAAUUGCUUUCAUAUUGAUCUUUGUGUCUGCAAAUGGCUGGAGUUGUAGUGCAGGAGCUCAUGCCAUUAUAGGAGGCAUGGUCAUGUCCCUCUCUUUCCUUCAGGCAGUGAUAGCCUUUUUCCGACCUUCUCUUCAAAAUAGUCGGAGGUUUAUUUUUAAUUGGUUUCACAUGCUAAACGCAUUAGUCAUCAAAAUUUUGGCAGUUGCUGCCAUAUUUCUGGGACUGCAAAUGCUCAGCAAGUCUGAUAGCCAGUGGAUGAUUAAAACCAUGUGUGGCUUUGUGGGCUGGGAGGCAUUCAUGGUGAUCAUGUUGGAUGUAGAUCUGUGGUUGAAAAAGAAAGAAAUAUAUGAGCAUUCACAGGCCAAGGUGAAAAGUGAACAAUUUCUCCUGCUAAUCUACCUAUGUGGCAACCUGUCGUUUUCAAUAGCUCUUCUUAUAGGAACCUGGAAAUGUCCACCUCUGCCUGCAUGUGGUUUAUUUUGACACUAUCAAGUCUGACAUGUUUUCCUCGAUCGGCUUCAUGAAUGGAAACAUAUGCCUUUGUCUUUGAGGAGUAGUCUUAUUUCUG